UAUGGCGGAACCAAAGCUAAGUAAAGACGUGUAUAACGUUAAAAGUGAUGAUAAUGCCGACACGAAGGAGCAUAUUUAUCUUGAAGAAACGUUUUACAUUCUUUCUAAAAAGAAGUCUGUGUUUCGUGUCCGACUCACAUCGAAGGGACUGUCAUUAAUAAAAGAAACUGACGACAGUUCUAAAGAGCAAACCAUACUUUUGCGGGAUAUCAUCGGCAGUAAAUGUAUGAGAAGUAAAAGACGUCGUGUUGGAGCCAGAUCUUGUAUUUGCAGUUCUUUUGUUGGUCACCAACAGCUAAAGGUAGUUGAUGAAAACAGUGGUGACCUUGAUGAAAACGAUAUCAGUGCGUAUCUUUACAUAUACGCUUACAAUUUAAAGCGCAGCCGCCGUAGUCUGAAACGAGAGAGAACAACAAUAACAUUACGUUUUCGAUCCUACGAUAAAUAUGAAGAUAAUAACAGAGAGGCGCAAAAGUGGCGAACGACAAUAAAAUGUUUAUUAGCGGAUCAGCCGAUUAGCUACACGUUACCUUACAACGAUAAGAAAUUGUUAAUACUAUUGAAUCCGAAAUCCGGUCCGGGAAAGGCAAGAGAACUUUUUCAAACUAAAGCGGCACCUAUUUUACAAGAGGCAGAUACACCUUACGAUCUACAUGUUACGAAAUACGCACAGUAUGCUCGUGAAUUUGUUCGCACGCGAAAUGUUUACGCGUGGCGAGGGAUAGUGGCAGUGGGAGGAGAUGGGGUGUUAUUUGAAAUAUUGAAUGGAAUGUUCGAACGCCUAGAUUGGCAUCAAGCACUCUCAGAAGUUCCUCUGGCUAUCCUGCCGUGUGGUUCUGGCAAUGGCCUAGCACGGACCAUCUGUCAUCAUUACAAGUAAGUUAUUUUAUUCUUGUAAGAAUUACUUUCUAGUGUAGGGUAAAUUGAUAAAUUUUAUCAAAUCCGAUUAAUGGUUGAAUAGUACAAAUAUACUUUCGUUUAAUUGUGUUUUAUGUAUCUCAGAUAUCAUUAAUCUCAUAGAUUAUCGGUUGAGUUAUUGAUAUUCAAUAUUAUCCUUAAUUCUUUAGAAGAAUGCAUGUAUAGAAAAUGUAAAAAAAAAUAAAAAAAAAUUAGUUUAA